GAGAGAGAGGGAGUGGUUAAGAGAGGGGGAGGGAGGGAGAAAGAGGGGCCUCCUCCUAGUUGCUAGGGCAACUUGACAUCACAGUGACGAUUUCCUCCAUUUAAAAGCUUUUAACCGGAUCCCUCUCCUGCCCUAGGCCCCAUUUUGAGUCCUCUUUCAGCUAAGCUCGGGGGAAGGGCACAGCACAGGCAGAGCAGUGUGUGGCUGUUUGCAACCACAUUCCACUGACAGCAUAGGAAAUAAUGCUAGACAGCAGAGAAGGGCUUUCAAACUAAACCGUUUUUGGGGCCUAUUUUUGUUUACAAAACCGAAACAGGAAGAGAGUGCUUUUGAGAGGGCUUUCAAAAUGGCUGCCGAGGACAGUUUUAGUUACCUCAUUCCGGGCCACAGCGAGAAGCACAGAAGGGCCCGAAACUGGACCGAUGCCGAGAUGAAGGGGCUCCUGUAUGUAUGGGAACAGAACGUCGCCGAGCUGAAGAAAUGUAAGAGGAACGCCAAGAUCUACGAGAAGAUGGCCCAGAGGUUCUUCGAGCUCACGGGAGAACAACGCCACCGGGAGGAGAUCAAGAUGAAAAUCACCAACAUGUCUUUCCAGUACAGGCAAGUGAAAAUGAAAUGCACAACCAAUGGGAGCGGUGGGACACCCGACUGGCCGUACUACAAAGCAAUAGAGAAGCUCCUCACCAAGACGGAUGAUAAUGAGACUAUGAACCCAUUUGAGCUCCAGUCUCCUGGCCCCUCCACCUCCACGGAGGCCUCGAUGUCCCAUGCAGAGGGCCUCCCCAUGGGCUUCCUUCCGGAGUACACAGGCUCCUCGGACGAAAUGGAGAUGAGGGAGGACCUGGAUGGAUGGGAGAGCUCUGGCAGUCUGCACUCCGGGCUUCCCUGUCCUGAUUCCCACCCGGCGCCGGUCAAGAGGAAGAAGGUGCACCAGCACCUGUCUCUGAAGCGGCGGAAGCUGAAGGUGAUGGAGGCCAUGCUGCAGGAGCAGCGGAAGGUGAGCCGGGCGGUGGAGGAGACGUGCCGCGAGGUGCGCCGCGUCAUGCACCAGCAGAACUUCCUCCAGGUGCAGAACCUGCAGCUCCAGGAGCGCAUGAUGAACCUGCUGGAGAAGAUGAUCCAGCCACUCGCCGCCCCCACGCCCGCCUGGGGCGCUGCUGCCCAGCCCGGGGUCAAAGAGCCAGGCCAGGGAUGAAGGGUCCAGAGUGAGGGGUCAAUGAGGGUGGUGGUGGUCAGGACUCCCUAAAAACACGUGCUUCGAUACAAGUGAUUUUUCGUAGCAGGUUAGGUGAGCAUUUUCAUUAACCCUUUCCCUAACCUAAUUCAAAUCAAAUCAAAU